CCCUUCUUUUUAAUAUCGCAUCGAACCUCUCGUCGCCACCAAAUCCAUCGUCUCCCCCCAAUCAAAUUAGGGUUAGGGUUCCCAUAUUCCUCCCCCCUUUUCAUAGCCGCCGAUCGAAACGAUGACAGGCAAGGCGAAGCCGAAGAAGCACACGGCGAAGGAGCUCCAGGCGAAGGCCGACGCAGCGCUGACCAACAGAGGCGGAGGAAAGGCGGGGCUCGCCGACAGGACCGGGAAGGAGAAAGGAGGGCACGCGAAGUACGAGUGUCCUCACUGCAAGAUCACGGCGCCGGAUCUGAAGACGAUGCAGAUCCAUCACGAGUCGAAGCAUCCUAAGCUGCCUUACGAGGAGCCGAAGAACCUCCACGAGGCUCUUUCUGCUCCUGCUGAAUCGUCCAAACCGAAACCUGGAAUCAGAGGAAGUCUCAAGAAGUGAGUGUCUUGUCGGGUUUGUUUGUGACGAAUUGCUUUUUUUAAGAAAAGUUGUCAUCUUUUUUAUUAUGGUUUGAUGUGAGGAUAUAAAACUACUGCAAUGAUGAUGCUUAUCAUAUAAAGUUUACUGAUAUGUCUUUAUUAAAUCUUAUGUUUCUAACU